UAUAAAUUUGGAUAUUGUGUUUGCAUUGUACUGUAACUUGGACGUAUUUUCAAAUUCUUGUCUUAAUAUAUUGCUUCUUCAGAGCGAAUUUGAAUAUUUUAUUUAAUAGCUAGAAUGGCUGAUAGUGCAGCAAUUGAGAGGGAAAAGCAUAUGAAACAAUUAAAACGUAGAAUGGAAUGUUGGCGUGAAGUGAUACUUCCAUUAAAUUCUAUUUUAUUAUGGGAACGAUCUUGGUAUCCUGGUCUUAUACUUGGAAUUACAACCACAAUAUUUUUUUUGAUAUGGAUGUUGGAACCUGCUAUACUUACAAUAAUAUCUGUCUCUCUUCUUAUAUUGGCUUUGGUUGAUUAUCUUGUACCACCUGUAUCAUCUUUGCUAAGUCCUGUUAACAAAUGGACAGGCCAGAAAGAGAAAAAAUUAAAUGAAAUUUGUCAAAAUUUAUCUAUCAUAAUUUUACAGUUACAAAGUCUAUGGAAAUUAAUGUUAAAAACAAGAAAUGAUCGUCCUAAUGUUUAUUAUGCAGGAAUAAUAACUUGUCUCAUUAUUUGUAUAUGGAUUGGAAGCACAAUUAAUAAUUUGCUGUUGUUUUAUAUAACAGUGAAUAUUCUUUUACUUACACCAGGAUUCAGAUAUAAAGGACGAGCAAUGUCAGUUAUAUCAUAUGUGCGCGAUUCUUUAUCUCAUGAUAAACAAUCAUAAUCAUCAUUUUGUAUGUGUUUUUCUUCAUUCUCUGUGAGACUUAUCUACAAUAAAUUAAUUCGUAAUUUAUUAAUUCACAAAUAGGGAAAACUAGCUUUUCAGCUUUUUAAAAGUACAAUUAUUGUUACAUAAAUUAUGCUUUCAUUUUUUUCUCAUCAUUUUAUGUAAUAUUUAUUAUUGCAUGCACUUCAUUUUAUAUACAUUUUUAUACCAAAUGUACUUAACAUUAUUCUUCAUUCAUUAAUAACAAAUUUCAUCUUUCAUCAGAAUUCAUUUUCAUAAAAGAAGUAAUUAUGUAAGUAAUAUAGUUAACAUGUUUAUCUAAAGAAAUUUAAUUUAAUAUUGGCGUUAAUUUUAUUCUUUCAUAAUGACCAUAUUUAAAGUAUUUGAAAAUGGCGGGUUUGUCAAAUCAAAUAUUCAAUGGCGCUGAUGACAUAAAAUAUAUUUUAUGCAUUUAUUGUGUAUAAACUUGGUCAAUUUUGCUUGAAGUAUGUUAUGAGUAUUAUAAAACAAAGUUCGAGAUUACGUUGCAACAUCAUAAUUAUGAAUAUAAAAGAUUAUGUCAUUAGUUUUUAGAUAUUAGAACUUAGAACUUUGCACAUUAAUUUGUUGGGUUAAGUUUCAUAUGUGUGUAAUAAUAUUAAUAAUUUAUAUUUUAAUUGUUUAUAUGUGCUUAUAAAUAAAAACGUUACAGUGCGGAA